GGUCGCUAGGUGGCAGACGUAAAAAAAGAGCACGGAGGAGGAGGAAGUAAACAUGGCGCGGGAGAGCAACAUGGCGGUCCCUGAGUUCCUCAGGCAAGCAGAGUUGUUGAAGCAAGGGGCAGAAGCCCGGGUGUACCGGGCCGAGUUUCUGGGAACGCCAACAAUAGUGAAGGAAAGGUUCCCUAAACGCUACAGACACCCAGCCUUAGACGAAAAGCUGACACACCGCAGGACCGUGCAGGAGGUCCGCGCCAUAUUACGGUGUCGGAGAGCAGGAAUAUCUGCCCCUGUAGUCUACUUUGUGGACUAUACCUGCCACUGUAUCUUCCUGGAGGACAUUGUGGGUUCCUCAACUGUGCGUGACUAUAUUGCAUCUGCUCAACAGUCUGACUCCUGCAAGGAGCUGAAGUUGCAGAGGCUGGCCGAGCGCGUGGGGCAGGUCCUGGCUAAAAUGCACGAUGAAGAUGUCAUCCACGGAGACCUGACCACCUCCAACAUGCUGCUGAGACCCAGCCCAGAGGGAGGAGAAUCCGACCUGGUCCUCAUAGAUUUUGGUCUGAGUUACAUCUCUGCUCUGCCCGAGGAUAAGGGUGUGGACUUGUAUGUGCUGGAGAAAGCCUUCCUCAGUACCCACCCCAACACAGAGGAACUGUUUGAGAAGCUGCUGAAAAGCUACACAGCGUCAUCCAAGAAGUCAUCAGCUGUCAUUAAAAAGCUUGACGAGGUUCGGUUGAGGGGAAGGAAGAGGUCAAUGGUGGGGUGAAGAUACUCCCCAUGUGUGUACAGGGGCAGACUUGUGGAAUUUCAUAACGCUGAAAUUAAGACACUGUUGUGCACAGUCUGUAAAUUAACAUUAUGCAAAAAUUGUAAUUGAAUAUAACAAUAUUUCUAAUAAAUGGGGCCUCAGAUCUUGCA